UACGGGAAAUGAAUGUUAACAAACUACCUGCUUGUUCCUCGUUUGUUGGUCAUUGGGAAACGGCAUGUGUGUGGUAGAGGAGAAACCAAACAAAAGAAGGGUCUGAUGUUAUGUUUCAACCGUGUUGAAAAUGACAUUAAUGCCAGGAGUCCAGGGUCUGCUAGGCCUUCACAGAACCCUUGUACCAGCUUUUAGCCGCUUUGUCUCAUCUCCCGCCCAGCUGACAUCUGUCGGACUUCCCAGGGGGCUUUGCACCGUCACUGCAACUGUCAGCGACUCAAAGCCUUCAGUGGGGCCUGAGAAUGAGUCCUUGCUGGAGAGCUUGACCUUCAUGGGGGUGGACGUGAAGAUGGUGCGCCAGCGCCAACCGGGAGUGCUUCGCAAGGUCAUCACCAAUGAGCAAGGUCUGGCUCACUUUCUCCAUGGCAAAGGCGCCAGCCGCAAAGUGGUGGCCGGCAUCAUCUCCCGGUACCCACGAGCCAUCACUCGCUCGGGCGAGCACUUGGAGCAACGCUGGGCGAUGUGGCGGAGUGUCUUCAAGAGCGACAGCGAAAUCGUUAGCAUUCUGGACCGCUCGCCCGAGUCCUUCUUCCGUUCGAGCGACAACGACAACCUGGAGAAGAACAUCGUGUUCCUGGGCUCGCUGGGCCUCAAUGCCAAGGACCUCCACCGCCUGCUGACCACGGCGCCACGGACCUUCUCCAACAGUGUCGAGCUCAACCGUCAGAUGGUGGAGUUCCUGGAAGACGUGUGCGCCGAGUUGGGUGGAGAGGACCCUGGGCAGUUCGCCAAGGUAGUGAUUUCCCGAAACCUCUAUAUCCUCAUCCGCAGCACCAAGAGGGUGAAGGCAAACAUUGACUUCCUCAAGGUGACUUUCAAGAUGAGUGAUCCGGAGCUGCUGGCUCUGCUGCAGGGUGCUGGGGCAGAAAUCCUGGACCUCUCUAACGAGUACCUGAAGAGAAACCUCAAGAUGCUUCAUGAGAAGCUGGCGUCUCUCGGCUGUCGGAAAGUCGACGUCAAGAAACUGAUCGUCUGCUACCCCACUGUGCUGUUCAUCGGGUCGGAUACGCUGAGUUCAAAACUGGACUGUCUAUUAAAGGGAGGGAUCACUAUGAAGCAGAUACUGGAGAAACCUAAAGUCCUGGAGUACAGCACGCAGAACAUCACAGGGCGACUGGAGGAGCUGCUUAAACUCCGGUAUGACUUUGAAAAGAACGGCAUCAACAUUCUGGACUCUAGCCGAAAACGGUUCGACGCCAAGUUGGAAAGACUGGCUCUCUCGUCAGAGGAAUGAGUUGUAUCAAUGUUUGGGUUAUUGGAAUGAAUCAGACAUUUUUUGGCACUAGAUUUUUGUCAUUGCUGCCUGAAGCAUGGCCUCUACAUAUCAUUGUCCUCCUAAACUAUAGGAUUUGAUUGUGCAUAGCUGUAAUAAGCAAAGUAUACGGUAGGUAAAAACAAGUCAAUGAUAAAGAGAAUCAUGUCAGUAUCAGGAAACAUUUAUUUUAAUUUAAACCAAAAAGAGUAUGUAAAGUAGUGUCAUCAUAUUUGAACUAUGAUUUAGAUUUUUACGUAAGCUAACAAACUGUGUUGUAGUACUGUGUCAAUGUAUUUCUCAUGAUUGAUUCUGAGGCACCUUAUUGAACUUACCAAUGGUUUUACGGAACUGUAAACUGCCAAGAGGCAUCAAUACACUGUUUUCACUGACAGAUUCUCUAACUUCUCUUUUGCCAGAUGAGUUGUCCGAUGAGAAAUCAGCCAAACCCUUUCUUCCUAGCUUACAGUGCAUUCGGAAAGUGUUCAGGCUCCUAGACUUUUUCCACUUUUUGUUACGUUACAGCCUUAUUCUGAAA